AUGCCAAUCGAGGCGGGGGGUCAGGCCGAGGACGAUAGCAAGUAUGACCGCAAGGACGAGGCAUACUUCGGCUACUACUCGAUGCUCACUCAUCAGGCGCAGAUGCUGCAGGACUCUGUGCGCACGUCUGCGUACCAGAUGAGCAUCAUCCACCAUGCGCCCACGCACUUUCAAGCAGCGCGCGUGGAAGAUGUAACGCCCAACAUGCUGCUAGCUAGCACACCAAGCGGCGCAUGGGCCGACGACGCACAGGUCGACACGAUCGUGUCCGAGUGCCUAGGUGUGCUGCUGGUCCAUGAGCGUAUGUGUGAGACAUUUAUUGAAGCGCGUAACCGCUUCCUGCGUCCCGGCGGAUCCGUGUUUCCGCGCACCGGCUCGCUGUGCUUCUCGCUCCUCAACGAUACACGCCUGUGGCAGGAGGUCAAGGCCCGCGGCGACUGGUGGAACUCGACGAGCUUUUACGGCGUGGAUCUCACGCCGUUCACCGCGGCUGCGCGCGCCGAGGCGUUCUCGAGCCCUGUCGUAGGCUGCUUCUCGCCUGUGCACGUCGUGGGCGCGGCAGCCGACGGUGGCAAUGUCGACAGCGUCGUGUGUCGCUAUGUGAUUGAUUUCCUUACGAUCGAGAUGGCCCAUUUGCGUUCGUUCGAUGUGCCGCUCGCAUUUGACUGUGUGGACGAACCGGUCAUUGUGCACGGCCUCGGCGCCUGGUUCGACCUAUCGUUCCUGCAGCCGGAGGACGACGUCGACGCGCCAAGCGCUUUUCAGAACCUCAUGACAACGAGCCCCUUUGCGCCGGCGACGCACUGGGCGCAGGUGCGCCUGCUGCUCGAGGAGCCGCUCGCGCUGAACCGCGGUCAGCGUGUUCUGGGCACACUGCACUUUGCCGUGAACGAGCACCGCUCGUACGACGUGCAAGCACAUUUAUAUGUACCGCAGGCCGAAGGCACGGGGCUUACCGAGCCGCUCUACCGCCGCGACGCGCUCUGGAAACUCGACAAGCAGACCUACUCGUGGGAGACUCUGUAG